UUGAAAGAUUUCGUAAGCAAAAAACGAUUUUCAAAUUUUUUUUUUGGAAAACUGACUAAAUUUUAUUAAUUUAGCAAAAAAUCUUCCAGGACAAUAUCAAUAAUAUCUUCGUGGAAAUAGAAAAAUCACUCAUACCAUUAGAGAAAAUCACGUUCAAAAUUAUCAUAGCAGGUCAAUUUUUUUGAGUUUUUUUUUUAUUAAAAAAAAUGAAAAUAUUUUCAGACUUAUAUACUGUAUCUAGACUACAGUACUCUCAAAUCAGCCAAGACAAAAUUCGAGCUUUAGAUAUGUUACGCCACGACGCGAAAAAAAAAUAUUUUGAAAAAGGUAAGCAAUUUUUUUUGACAGAGACAAAAUUCAAAGCAAAAUUGAAAAAAAAAACAUUUUUGAUCUAUAAGAAAAAAAUUUGAAAUUUUCUGAAUAAGAAAAUCAAUGUUGACAAUUUUAUUUCACACCAAUAUUUUUACAUUAUUACAACAAUACAGUACCCUUUUUGAUAUUAAAUAUUGUGCCUUUUAUCAAAUGUUACACCUUUGCUCGCUUUUUUGCGCCAGUUCAUUUUUAUUCAAAAAAAUUUUUUAUUUCAGAUUCACUGUAUCGACACUACAGUACUCUCCAAUCAAUAAUCAACAUUGGUAUCCCAGAUUACGAAAGCGUUUUUGACUUGAUUGUUUUUCAAAAAAUAGUUUUAUAAAUCUUCAAAAAAAGUUAAAGUGAGUUCAAAAUUUUAAAUUAUUUUUCAACUUUGAAAAAUGUAAAUUUUCCAGACUUGAAAUACCCAAAGAAUCAAAACAAUAGAGGACUAAAUGAAAAUUUUUAUAGUAAGUCAAUUUUUGAGUUCUUUUUAUUUGAAAAAAAAUGCAUUAUUUCCAGAGAAUUAUAACUGUAUCUAUACUACAGUACUCUUCUUAAAAAUUGCAAAUCCAAAAUGGAAAAAUCACAUUCUCCGUUCCAAAACAUUUUUCAAAUCGGAAACAACCCAAAAUUUCAAUAUGAAAAUUAAGUCCUAGUAAGUCAAUUUUUCCGAGUUAAUUUCUAUUUUUCAUAAUUUUCAGAUUCAUCUUACUGUAUCUACACUACAGUACUCUUGGUUCCAAUCUUCCAAAUACAAAAAUAUUCAGUGUUCACAUGCUCACAUAUGGUUAAAGUCAUUUGAUGUUUUUGUAAGUCAUUAAAUCAUUGCUCAUGUGAAAACUAAAUUUUUUUAGAGAAGUCAUAACUGCAGCACAUUCCGCGAUAUGUACACGGUCAAAUUUUCCAUAGUAAGUCAAUUUUGAAGUUUAUUUUGAUUUUCAAAAUUCCUUUUUUUUCAGAUUCAUAGUACUGUAUCUAGACUACAGUACUCUUCAUUUCUUCAAAAUUGGCAAAUAAAUCAAUCGGAACUGAUUCAAAAAAUUUUUUCAUAA